CCAUAUGUGCCAUGCAAUCCAUCGCCGUGCCAAAAUGGGGGCACCUGCCGGCAGACCGAUGACACCUCCUAUGAAUGCACCUGCUUGCCAGGAUUUGCAGGUCAGAACUGUGAGGAGAACAUUGACGAUUGUCCUGGACACAGCUGCAAGAAUGGAGGCACCUGUGUGGAUGGCGUGAACACUUAUAAUUGCCAGUGUCCCCCUGACUGGACUGGCCAAUACUGCACUGAAGAUGUCGAUGAAUGUCAGUUGAUGCCAAAUGCUUGUCAGAAUGGGGGAACAUGCCACAACACCCAUGGUGGAUAUAACUGCGUCUGUGUCAACGGCUGGACAGGAGAGGAUUGCAGUGUAAACAUUGACGAUUGCGCCAAUGCUGCUUGCAACAAUGGAGCAACAUGUCAUGAUAGGGUUGCAUCUUUCUACUGCGAAUGUCCACAUGGACGCACAGGUCUUCUCUGUCACCUUGAAGAUGCUUGUAUCAGCAACCCAUGCAAUGAAGGCUCCAACUGUGAUACCAACCCUGUCAAUGGCAAAGCUAUUUGCACUUGUCCAUCUGGCUACAGCGGUCCUGCCUGCAAUCACGAUGUGGAUGAGUGCUCGCUAGGUGCCAAUCCAUGUGAACAUGCAGGAAAAUGUAUCAACACUCAGGGUUCUUUCCAAUGCAACUGUCUCCCAGGCUACGCUGGGCCACGAUGUGAAAUUGAUGUCAAUGAAUGUCUUUCAAACCCUUGUCAGAAUGAUGCCACAUGCCUUGACCAGAUUGGUGGAUUCCAG